GGGCGCACGUGGCCCCCGGGCCCGGGUGCGGGCUCGCGCCGCCACCAGGGCUCGCGCCGCCGGGUGCGCUGCAGCGCGCCGCCGCCGCGCCAUGAGGGUGCAGCUGGAGCGGUGCCGGGGCGAGUGGCGGGAGCUGGAAGAGGAGUUCCGGCAGCUCCAGGAAACACACAAAGUUUACAGGCAGAAGCUGGAAGAAGUCACCAGCUUGCAGACAGCCUGCAGCAGCUCCAUCCACCGGCAGAAAAAGACAUUAAGGGAUCUGAAGCACAGUCUGCAACGGUGUAAGCCCAGAGCGAGUCCUGAAGAGUUUGCUCUCAUUCAGGAGAUCAGCACCCAGAUCAAGGAGAGGCAAAAUGCCUUCUUCGACAUGGAAGCCUACUUACCAAAGAAGAAUGGCUUGUACUUAAAUCUGGUGCUGGGGAACGUGAAUGUGACUCUCCUGAGUAACCAAGCAAAGUUUGCCUACAAGGACGAGUAUGAGAAGUUCAAACUUUAUCUGACGAUAAUCUUGUUACUUGGGGCCGUCACCUGCAGGUUUAUUCUCCACUACAGGGUGACAGAUGAAGUGUUUAACUUUCUGUUAGUAUGGUAUUACUGCACACUGACGAUACGGGAAAGCAUUCUCAUUAGCAAUGGAUCAAGGAUCAAAGGAUGGUGGGUGUCUCAUCACUAUGUUUCCACUUUCCUGUCUGGAGUAAUGUUAACAUGGCCAGAUGGACUCAUGUAUCAAAUGUUUCGCAGCCAAUUUUUAGCGUUUUCAAUAUUCCAGAGUUGUGUUCAGUUCCUACAGUAUUAUUAUCAAAGGGGCUGCCUCUAUAGACUCCGUGCUUUGGGGGAGAGAAACCACUUGGACCUUACAGUAGAAGGAUUUCAGUCCUGGAUGUGGCGGGGGCUGACAUUUCUCCUUCCCUUCUUGUUCUUUGGGCAUUUCUGGCAGCUAUACAACGCAGUCACGCUUUUUGGAUUGUCGAGGCAUAAGGAGUGCAAAGAAUGGCAGGUGGGUUUUUGUGUUGGCGUUCACAUUUCUGCUGCUCUUCCUCGGGAACUUCCUCACUACUCUCAAAGUGGUGCACACUAAACUCCAGAAAAACAAAGACAAAAUGAAGAAGCUGUGAACCCCCCCUCCCUGGUGUGCCAGCUGCUGUCCCUCCGCCCGCAGCAGGCGCUGGCUUUGGGACGGAUCCUGCUAUAAACCUCAGCUAUGCCGUCAGUGGGCUUGGAAAGACUCAUCUGUCCCAAUGUUUGGUGAAGGAUAGGGACUCUGCCAGCACAGACGCAGUAUUACGCAAGCAUGGCUCUCCAGUCCACAGUCCUGCUAUUUAUGUAUAUUUAAUACAAAACAUGUUUACCUUUUUUUCUGUACAUAGAGCAGCAUGCACCUGCCCAGCAAAGCGCCAGCAUUGGGAGAAUGUGGGAUCUACUGUAAUUCCAAUUCUGGAAUGAUAUUUAAUACUUUCCAGUUUUAUUAUUUAAAUUCUGGGUAUUGGAUUUGCAAAAGUUUAUGAACACUCCAGGUUGAUCAGUAAAACAGACCAAAUGCUGUUUUUUUAAAGGCAUCUGUUUAACGCAUAUUUUCAGUGGCAAUAUUAACCUGUGUGUACUGUGAAAAAAAAAUGCCUAUCUUUGUACAAUACUGCUGCUAUAUACACUUUUAAAAAAGCUAUUUAAAGAGAAAUCCUCUUUUGAAAUCAAAAAUAAGCAAGCAAAACCAGUUGUUAAAUGGCAGGGAAAUCUGCUAGCCCUUUUCCAGGGAGACCAGGUCAGCUGUCCAGGCCUGGAAAAGACCUAAAAUAAACUGUUCAAUAUGUAGCUGCUUCAGCCCCUUUUUAAUAACCUAUAACUUUGGUUUCUGUUUUCAGUAUCUUUUGCUCCCAGUGCUGUUCUGGGAAGGGGAGGACAGGCUCAGCAGAAAUAUUAAAUAUUUGCUUUAGACGCUGUGCUUGUACCAAUAAUUAAAAGAAUGUAAACACUCGUUCAGGAGGAUGGCAGAGGACAAAUACUGACUGCCACCUUGCUUAACAACUUGUGCUGCUUGAAUUUAAACUUACUCAUUCAAAUAAGCCUGUUUUGGGUGCUGUAACAUCUGUACUUCCCAAGGCCAGCUGCAGUAUUGUGAGCUGCCUUAUAGGCAGUGUCUUCCCCAGUGGUGAAGGCUUCCUUUGAGCCUAGCACAAAGCCCAAGCUGGGCACGUGCUUUGGCAGUGUGUGGUGUGAAAAUUAUGCCCUUCUCCCAGUAAGCGUGCUCAUGAAGAAAUACAUAUGCACUACAGACUUGCAAUGUUUUCAUCAGUUCUUCUGUUGCUGUGAGGCUAGCAAAAUUAGCUUUACAGUGUCACUGUCCUGUGGGCAUGAACAAUAAAUCGCAAUUAGCGGAUUUUGAACAACU